AUUGUUAAUGCUGUCGUCGAUGGACUACCAUCGCUACAGUGGGAUAACAGUUCAUAUUUGUAACAUUCAUUAUUGAGAGCGGACGUGUUUUUUGCCUGCUGCACAAAAACUAAGGUGCAAAACGUGCCAGGAUAUUUUGCAACUCGUAUUUAAGUUAGUUUUUGUGCUCAGCAGUAAACUUGUUGAUUGAAAUGCAACACGCGCAGCGCAAUAAUAAAAGCAACAUCAAAAACGAACUACAAUUUAACUAGCAAAUAUCAAAAAUUUCAAGAAGCCAUAAACGUUCACUAGUGCAAAUACAAAUAAUAAAAAAUUACAAAAUUUAAAAUACAAAUUUUAAAACAAAUUCAACAGUCAGCAAAAGAAUUAAUAAAACAAAAAAAAACACAAAACGUCCAGCAAAUAUUAAUAAUAACAACAACAACAAAGAUAAAAGAGUUCGUCGUUUUUUGCGCUGUCCAGUGAAAUACGAGAGUGCCGAGUGAAGAAAGAACGAACAACAAAAGCAACCAAAAUGUCUGCGACAAUUGUUCAAAAAUCAUCAGCAACUGCAAAUAUCGUCGGCGGCGGCAAUUCACACUAUUUCGAGUGCGAUGAUGACAUAUUCCAGGCAGUGGUUGUCAGUGAUAUGCAGCAGCAGCAGCCAGCGGAUCACAUCCUGGACGCCAACAUGGAGCAGCACCCAAACGAAAAGGAUCUCCAUCAGCAGCAGCAGCAGCAGCAGCAACUCCUGCAUCAGCAACUGCAGCAACACCGCUUGCACGGACCGCUAACGCGCACAAUCUCACAGCCAGCGCAGCGGCAAGUGAAUCAACACCAACAUCAGCAUCAACAACACCAACAGCAACUGCAUCAACAACAACAGCAACAGCAGCAGCCGCAAGUACCUUCGCUGGUGACCAUUAUUGAGAAUCUGAGCAACAUAACGCUGCAUCGCAAGCUGGAGCGGACACAAUCGGAACCGCUGCCGCCGCAGCAGCCAAUGAAUACAUCACGUUACAAGACGGAAUUGUGCCGUCCGUAUGAGGAGGCCGGCGAGUGCAAAUACGGGGAAAAGUGUCAAUUCGCCCACGGCUAUCACGAGUUGCGCAACUUGCAGCGCCAUCCCAAAUACAAGACCGAAUACUGUCGCACCUUCCACAGCGCUGGAUUCUGUCCCUAUGGUCCUCGUUGCCAUUUUGUGCACAAUGCGGACGAGGCUCGUGCGCAGCAGCAGCAGCAGCAACAAUUACAACAACAACAACAGGCAGCAGCAGCUGCGCAAGCCAACAAAACGUUCUCAAAGCCCACACAGCUAACCAACACAAACAGCAGCAACAACAACAACAACAACAAUAUGAAUCAAUACUUUUUGCCAUUGAGUCCGCCGCUGAGCAUGAGCACUGGUUCCGAUCGUGAAUCGCCGACUGGUUCACUCUCGCUUUCGCCGACGAAUUCGUUGACAAAUUUUCCUUUUCACGAUGCAACGGCAUAUUUAAAUAUGCCCAACAACAACAACAAUAUCAGCAACAACAACAACAACAACAUCAACAACAACAGCACGGUUAAUUCUGGCCAAAUCAACUCGAGUGGCGGCUCGUCAUCGGCCUCCUCCACCUCGUCUGCCUGUGGACUGGCGCCUGCCACGCCCCCCGACAGCCCAAAUGCUCCAAUAUCGCCGGUGCAUACCCCACCGCCCUAUGAGAGCAACAACAACAACAGCUGCAGCAAGCAGUUGGUGCAGAAGAGUGCCAGUUCGCCACUGCAACACCAGCAUCAGCAGCAGCUGAAUGAGGAGGCGCCACGAUUGCCCGUCUUCAAUCGACUCAGCUCGUCGACAACAGCAGCAAAUACAACAACAACAGCAGCAGCAAAAGCAGCGGCAGCCACAAUUCUAAUGCAAAAAUCUCAGACAACAACAAUUAAUCAUCGCUACAACAUUAACAUUCCCCAGGAGAAUUUUUUGUAAACCCUCUCGCCCCCCUCCCUCUCCCCCAAACCAUCUCUUUCACUCUCGCAACAAGAUCUUUGGCAUUCACACAAUAUAUAUAUAUAUAUAUUCCAUUUUAUUUUAUAUACCAAAAGCAAAAAAAAAAACAAAAAAAAACUGGACAAUUGAAAUUUCUGGACUGUACAUUCAAUAUACCCUAUAUACAUGCAUAGAAGGGAUCCAAUGCUCAAGAAAACGUUACACUAAACUACAACAACGUUGCUGCAUUUAUCGAUAACUUAUCGAUGGCACUUUCCCAACACCCACCCCUCCAUAUGCACUUGUCGCUUUUGUUUAAUAUUUAUAUUCAACAAAAUCUAAGCUUAGUAGAAGCCUUAAAAAGUCAGACCUAUAUGCUAUAUAUAUAUAAUCGAUCUAUUUCAAUAUAUAUAUAGUUCGGUAGCAUGUCUUCCAAUGCAUACAAAAAAAAAAAAAAAAAAA